AUGACGGAUUUCCAGGCAUACAAAGGCACCAAUUUCUACGUGCCCUCGCGCUACAAAAUCCAGGAGGUUUUGGGCCGGGGCUCCUACGGGGUGGUGUGUGUUGCCAUCGACACAAAGUCCCAGGACCCAGUCAAGUUGGCCGUCAAGAAAAUCUGCAAGAUUCUACAAAGAGAGAUCUUGCUCAAAAGAGCCAUCCGGGAGUUGAAGCUCAUGCGCUUUUUCCGGGGCCACCGAAACAUAGUUUCGCUUGUAGACGUGUACUUCAUCACGUUGUCUCCCUACGAAGGGCUCUACUGCUUCCAGGAACACAUGGACUACGACCUCGCCAGAGUCCUCUACUCCACCGUGCAGUUUCUGGAGUUCCACAUCCGCAACUUUCUCUACCAGGUGGUCUGUGGCAUCAAGUACAUCCACCUGGCCAACGUCGUGCACCGCGACCUCAAGCCAGGCAACAUUCUCGUGAGCUCGCGGGGAGUUUUGAAGAUAUGUGACUUUGGGCUUGCCCGCGCCAUUUCGGGCUCGCCGUCCAACAGGUCCGAGGAGCCAAUCACAAACUACGUGGCCACCCGCUGGUACCGGGCGCCGGAAUUGAUUCUCCGGUCCACCCACUACGGCAAGGAGGUGGACAUGUGGGCCGUCGGCUGUAUUUUGGGCGAGCUCUACGGGCGCCAGCCAUUGAUGCCCGGGAAAAGCUCGGUGCACCAGCUACAUGAGAUCAUCAAAUACUUGGGCAGUCCUCCCCCGCACAUCAGCAUCCGGCGCGAUUGGGAUCUUCCCGGCGGCGAGCGCAAAGCCGUCAACUGGUCCACGGUUUAUCCUUUUGCGUCCGCAGACAGUCUCGAUUUGCUUGGCCAGCUCUUGAAGUGGGAGCCGACGGCCAGGCUCGACGUGGAGCAGACCAUCGCACACUCGUUCUUCAAGAAGAUCAGGGACAUCACGUGCGAGCCCCAGAGCCGGUCUGUGUUUAAUUUUGGGAAAGAGGAAAACGAGGACGACUUGAACAAGUUGCACGGGUUGCUUAAAGAGGAGGUGGCGGCGUUUCAAACCGAGAGAAACAAGAGGCUAGUUUAG